GUGGAACACCAAAAGUACUAGUAAGGCCGAUAAAGGCCCAUGGGUUUUAAUUUUCCUGCCAAACAGUCGUUGCCGUCGUCUUGAACUCUCAAAGUGAAGCGACUGUUUUGACUGUGAUGGCGGGGUCAACGGCGAACCUCAGAUUCCGGAGCAACCUAGUGUGGUGGAGAAAGUGGGCCAGAAAGGACUGGGCAAUCGCCAUCGUGGCCUUCACCCUCAUUCUCUUCCUUGUCACUCUCAUCUCCAACUCUUCUUGGCGCGACGAGCCAAUCUCUCCCUUCCACCCAACCACCGCCGCCGAUUUGGUCGAGUUGACUCUCCUGCACGACGCCGAACGCAGAGGCGCCCUUUGCUUAGAUGGGAGCGCACUCGGGUACCAUUUCCGAAAGGGUUCCGGAUCCGGAGCCCAAAAUUGGCUGCUUCACAUUGAGGGCGGAGGCUGGUGCAACACAAUAAAAUCAUGCUCUUUACGGAAAUGGACUCCGUUAGGUUCUUCCAAGUACAUGGAUCGUAGAGUUCCCUUUUCCGGGAUUUUGAGCUCUCAGCCGUCAGACAAUCCUGACUUCUAUAAUUGGAACAAAGUCAAAAUUCGGUACUGCGAUGGCGCUUCUUUUGCUGGCCACCCUAAAAAUGAGCCCACGACUGGAUCAAAACUUUUCUUCAGGGGACAGCUUAUCUGGGAAGCAAUUAUGGAUGAGCUCUUGUCGAUUGGCUUGUCCAAGGCGAAACAGGCACUUCUUUCUGGAUGCUCUGCCGGUGGGUUGGCAACUCUAAUACACUGUGAUGACUUUCGAGGUCUUUUACCCAGGGAUUCGACUGUCAAAUGUCUUGCUGAUGCAGGUUUUUUCCUUGAUGAGAACGAUGUUAAUCAAAAUCGGACCAUGAGAACUUUUUAUCGUGAUGUAGUGGUUCUUCAGGAUUUAGCAACAAGCUUGCACAAGGAUUGUGUUGCAAGAAAGGAACCAGCUAAGUGUCUCUUUCCUGAAGAAGUUAUUAAACACGUUACCACUCCAGUGUUCCUCAUCAACCCAGCUUAUGAUUUUUGGCAGAUACAACAUAUCUUGAUACCUGAAGCAUCAGAUCCCCAUGGCUACUGGAAAAAGUGCAAGCUGAACAUCUAUAAUUGCAAUCCUAGCCAGAUUGAAAUACUGCAAGGUUUCCGUGAUUCUAUGCUAAAUUCACUGAACGAAUUCCAAAAAAAUAAGGAGGGAGGAAUUUUUAUAAAUUCAUGUUUUAUUCAUUGCCAGACAUGGUAUUCCGAGACAUGGCAUUCACCCAGUUCUCCACGAAUAAACAAUAAGACAAUUGCAGAUUCUGUGGGUGAUUGGUACUUCAAUAGAAAUGUUGCAAAGCAGAUUGACUGCCCAUUUCCAUGCAAUCCCACUUGUUAUCAUAUGAAUUUCACUCAAUUUUCACGUGGUUGAUUGGACUCGAAGAUACAUCCCACUCAUGAGUGGUUAUUCCCAAGUUUAGACCUGUACGAUUUCAGUAUACCCUGGUUGAAAUAUUCCUUUGUUGUCCAGAGCCUGUAGAUACUGAUAGCUGGUGUGUAGAACAGAACAAUUUAUUAUACUUUUUUUUAUAUACGGACAGUUAAU